AUGAAUUUCACGCGCCAAUAUGGAGUUCAUCAGCCUCUUAACGCCUGGAAUCACAGCUCCCGACUACGUGGCAGCAGAUCGGCAGGACAGGGCUACUCUUCAGAAGGGUGCUACGAGCAACUUUUCGUCUCUCCCGAAGUGUUUGUCACUCUAGGAUUUGUCAGCUUACUAGAGAAUGUCCUGGUGAUCGUGGCCAUCGCCAAGAAUAAGAAUUUGCACUCACCGAUGUAUUUCUUCAUCUGCAGCUUGGCUGUGGCCGACUUGCUGGUGAGUGUCUCCAAUGGGUCAGAGACCAUUGUGAUCACCCUGCUGAACAACACGGACGCCGACGCGCACAGCUUCACGGUCAGCAUUGACAACAUCAUUGACUCUGUGAUCUGCAGCUCCUUGCUCGCCUCCAUAUGCAGCCUGCUGUCCAUAGCCGUAGACCGGUAUGUCACGAUCUUCUACGCUCUGCAGUACCACAACAUCAUGACGGUGAGGCGCGUCGGGAUCAUCAUCGCCUGCAUCUGGGCUGCCUGCACCAUCUCGGGCAUCUUGUUCAUCAUUUACUCUGACAGCAGCGUCGUCAUCAUCUGCCUCAUCACGAUGUUCUUCACCAUGCUGGUUCUCAUGGCCUCCCUCUACGUCCACAUGUUCAUGCUGGCCCGGCUGCACAUCAAAAAGAUUGCCAUCCUCCCCAGCACUGGCUCAAUUCGCCAGGGGGCCAACAUGAAAGGAGCCAUCACUCUGACCAUCUUGAUUGGGGUGUUUGUGGUGUGCUGGGCCCCACUCUUCCUCCACUUGCUUUUCUACAUCUCCUGCCCUCACAAUCCAUACUGCAUCUGCUUCAUGUCCCAUUUCCACUUGUACCUCAUCCUUAUCAUGUGCAAUUCGAUUAUUGACCCCCUCAUUUAUGCAUUCCGGAGUCAAGAGCUGAGGAAAACCUUCAAGGAGAUCAUGUGCUGCUGCAGCCUGAGACAGCUCUGCUUUUUCUCUGGCAAAUACUGA